UGAAAAGAUAAAAAAGAAAAGAAAAAGAGUAUGUAGAGAGAGGGAGAGAGAGUGUGUGUUAAAAAGCUGUCAGCAUUCAGUGCCAUACCCAAGCUCCCAAAGUACAGAAGCAACGCAGUUGGGGCUUUUAAUCUCUGCCCACAAUUACAAACCCUCGAUCUCAUGGUUCAGACGCAUGAUUAAUCUCUUACGCAUUUAACCCUAGACUUCUCUGACAUAUCUAUCUCACAAAUUUGAUUGUCAGUACAGCGCCAUGAGAGCAUCCCUUCUUUUUCUCACCUUCUCAACACUGUUGGUCAUUUAUGUUCUUCAGUUUCAAGCUCAUGCUGCUCCUGCAGCACCCUUGGUUAAACACUUUGCUUCUCUUAUCAAAUGGACCAAGUCUUCUUCAAAAACACCCCAAUCAGAUGGGAAUGUCCUUCAAUUUGAGGAUGGCUAUCUAGUUGAAACCGUUGUGGAAGGAAAUGCGCUCGGAGUUGUGCCUUACUCAAUCCGUGUCUCAGAGGAGGGUGAACUCUUUGCUGUUGAUAAUGUUAAUAGCAACAUUGUUCGAAUUACUCCACCAUUGUCUCAAUAUAGUAGGGCAAGAUUGGUUGCUGGGUCAUUUCAGGGUUACACAGGACAUAUUGAUGGAAAACCGAGUGAUGCUCGUUUUAAUCAUCCUAAAGGCAUAACCAUGGAUGAUAAAGGAAAUGUAUACGUUGCUGACACCUCAAAUCUUGCCAUAAGAAAAAUAGGAGAAGCAGGUGUGACAACAAUUGCUGGAGGGAAAUCAAAUGUUGCAGGGUACAGGGAUGGGCCAAGCGAGGACGCAAAGUUCUCUACUGACUUUGAUGUGGUAUAUGUUCGGCCUACCUGCUCAUUGUUAGUUAUUGACAGAGGAAAUGCUGCUCUUCGGCAGAUCUCUCUCAAUCAAGAGGAUUGUGAUUUCCAAUAUAAUUCCAUCUCUGCAACAGAUGUCUUUAUGGUUAUUGGUGCUGUCUUGAUAGGAUAUGCUUCAUGCAUCCUUCAGCAGGGAUUUGGACCUUCAUUUUUCUCGAAGCAACAAUUGUUGGAGAGUGAAUCUCAAGAUCUACCUAUGAAGGAGAAGCCAACUCUUAUUGUGGAAACCAUAAAAGAUGAACCAGUAGAAGCAGGGUGGCCAUCAUUUGGCCAGCUUGUCAUAGAUCUGUCCAAACUCGCACUUGAAGCGUUGGCUGGCAUCUUCCUUUACUUCAUACCAUUCCAAUUCAGACGUAAGAGCCCCAAGGGUAGCCUUACUCCGUUGAAAGAUUCUCUCAUAAUGCCCGAAGAUGUUGUGGAACCCCCAUUUGUUCAAAAGCAGAGAACUCCUGCUCCUCUUACUGAAACCCAGCAGGCUCAUAUUCCAAAUGCUAGUGAUAAACAUUCGGAAAUGAAGCCUCCUAAGAUAAGAUCAACCAGCUUUAAAGAUCCUUCUUUGUCAACCAAGCACAGGUCUUCAAAACGACAAGACUAUGCAGAAUUCUAUGGACCAGGCGAGGUUCCUACUUAUAGCCAAUCCAGGUCUAAGAGCCAUAAAGAAAGAACAAAGCACCGCCAACGGAAUAAAAGCGGAGAGGUUGUUUAUGAAGCGGCUGGUGUAGAGCCAAAACCUAUCGAAACCAAGGCAGUGAAUUAUGAUGAUCAGAAGUAUGACCGUUUCAAUAUCAGGAGCAAGUACGGGGAGUCAUUUCGUUUUGAUUAGUCUGCGAUCGUUUAAUGACCCCCUUUUCAGCUCUUCUUCCAUGGAGUUAGGUUUCUUUUUCAGCUGUAGUCUGUAUAAGUGCGUACUGAGGCUGGAAACUAGAGACUUGUUUGUGUCUCAUUGUAAAAACAAGUGAAUCUUUGUGUCUGAGAUUUAAAUGUGUUUAGAUUCAGGAAUUUUCUUGGUUCCUUUAAGAGGUGGGUGUGCUGGUGUGAUGUUCUCUAAAGUGCCUUGCAAAUUGAGCUAUCAUACAGCUGUGGGUACUAAGAUCAUUCUAGUAUGAUGAAUAAUUUUGAGGCAGACAACACUGAAGAGCAUGAAAUGCUGCCAUGGGUUUAGAACCGAGAUGAUUUUCAAGGCUAUUUUUCCAGUCCAAGAGGGGAUGUUUCGGACAGUCCUGACUGUAGAUCAGUUAUUAGUAUAUGUAUUUUUGAACUAUUGUUGCGUCCUCCAUGAUUCUUAAUGUUUUUAUUUAAAGAAUUCCAAAGAUUAUGCAUUCUUAUCCUAA